UUAUAGUACAUUUUUGCCACCGACGCAUGUUAAAAAAGUUCAGUUAAAUUUUUGUAUAAAGGUGGCCUGCUGAAAGCCAGAAGCGCGAGAGACGGUUAAUUUCAGUCGACGCCAAAACUCGGAAAUGCCUAUCAAAACCCAUGCAUAAAAACACGGCGGUUAAUUUCAUUAUACGGCAGUUUUCUUCUCUUCAAAAGCUCCCUGUUGAACAAUGCGUUCGAUGACUGAAACCUCAAUAAAAAUCCGGUCAUGGAAGCUUGUAGCUUGGAAUAAAGUAAAUUGCGAAACAGGUGGACAAGUGAAUAUUGGCAAGAACACAGCCUUAUUGUGAUGACUUAUCGUAUUUAUUUCAAAGAGAUGGAUUAGCAGGUUAUGCAUAAAUCUAGAAGGCAGAUUUCGAGGCACAUGUAGUCCUUAAGAGCCAGUGAAAAGAGCCAUUGACGCUGACCCUUACAAAACGGGAAGAACAGCACUGCCAGAAGCCAGUUUCUGCCUCGAGCGUGAGGGAGGUUCGCUCCCACCUCAAUACCACCUUUGGGCGGUGAGAAGAUGGUCAGCGGCAGGAAGAUCCCUCCGUGGCGACUGAGUCAGGUGUUACGAUCCUGGGCCGGCCGGCGACCAAAGGUCGUCCCUGGGUCGGAGGACGGCUCUGACUCCUUCCUGGAAAAGUUCACCCACACGGUGGCCGAUGGGGAUGUGUACGGCACAGAGACUGGUGAUGACAAGCACACCUUCUGCUUCGGCCUGAUCCCCGGCUACUUCACAGUGGACACGUCCAAGUCCUUCCACUACUGGUGGCUGCUAGUGAUGACUCUGACGGUGCUAUACAACCUGACGCUGAUCGUGGGACGCACCGUGUUCUGGGAGCUGCAGACGGUCGCCGGCGGAGUGUGGUUCACGCUCGACUACCUCUGCGACGCAAUUUACAUCGCUGACAUGGUUAUCAAGGCGCAUGAGUGUUACCUGGAGCAGGGUCUGCUGGUGCGGGACCCGGUGAAGCUGCGCCACAACUACACCCGCUCGCCGGGAUUUGUCCUGGACGUGCUGUCGAUCCUGCCCACCGACCUGCUGUACCUCUACCUGGGCACCGAGUGCAGCUUCAGCAUGCCCUGUCCGUUCGUGGUGCGCAUCAACCGCGUGCUGCGCUACCCACGUAUGACACAGUUCUUCGAGCGAACCGAGACGCGCACCAGCUUCCCCAACGCCUUCCGCAUCAGCAAGGUGGUGCUGUACAUCCUGGUGCUGAUCCACUGGAACGCUUGUCUGUACUUCGCGCUGAGCUAUGCCAUCGGCUUUGGCACGGAUCAGUGGGUGUACCGCAACAUCACGCCUGGAGUGAACGGUACGCUGUCGCAUCAGUAUAUCUACAGCUUCUACUGGUCUACGCUGACGCUGACCACCAUCGGCGAGACGCCGCAGCCUGUGGAAGAUGUCGAGUUUGUGUUCGUGACGCUGGAUUUUCUCGCAGGCGUGCUCAUCUUCGCCACUGUGGUCGGUAACGUCGGGUCGAUGAUCACAAACAUGAACAGAGCUCGCGCCGAGUUUCAGAGCCGCAUGGACAGCGUCAAACAGUACAUGGAGUUCCGCAAGGUCGGAAAAGCGCUGGAGAGACGAGUCAUCGAAUGGUUCGAGUACCUCUGGUCCAACAAGCAGUCCCUCGACGAGCAGAGUAUUCUGAAGACGCUGCCUGACAAGCUGAAGGCGGAGAUUGCCAUUCAUGUCCACCUCGAGGCGCUGCGCCAGGUGCGACUGUUCCAGGACUGCGAGCCCGGCCUGCUUGUCGAGCUGGUGCUCCGACUGAGGCUCCAGGUGUUCGGGCCGGCCGACUACAUCUGCCGCAAAGGCGACGUCGGGAAGGAGAUGUACAUCAUCAAACGAGGGCAGGUAGUGGUUGUUUCAGAUGACGGGAAGACCGUGUUUGCCACGCUCCAUGCAGGUUGUGUGUUUGGGGAGAUCAGUAUCAUGAAUAUCCCCGGAAACAAGAUCGGGAACCGGCGAACGGCGAACGUGCGCAGUGUGGGCUACUCGGAUCUAUUCUGUCUCUCCAAGGAUGACUUGUGGCAGACGCUGAACGACUACCCGGAGGCACGUCGUAGUCUGCUGGAGCGGGGUAGACAGAUUCUGCAGAAGGAUGGACUACUGGAUGAGGAGGCGGCGGAGGCGGAGGAAGCGGCGGAUGUCGACGAACAGAUCACACAUCUCGAGACGGAGGUGGAGAAGCUUCAGUCGCGCUUCUCGCGUCUGAUGACCGAGUAUGGCCGGUCGCAGCAGGCGCUCAAACAGCGGCUCACCAGCCUGGAGCUGGCGCUGACGGAGCGCGACUCGGCAGGGUCCGUCCGCGCCAUCGACAACCUGCUGGCGCCGCGUGCGUUCGACUCCCGGCGCACCUCCGUGUCUUCGAUGUGCUCGUGGGGAGCGACACCUGCCGCGCGCAGUCCGGACAUCACGUUGGCAGUCUGUCCGCCAGAUGGCAGUGAGGAGGCGCCUGCGGAGAGUAGCCACCGGCCGCCGUCGCCGUCAGGUAAUGCUGCCGAGAGGAGGCGCCACACCGACUGACGGAAAUGAGUGACAUACGUGAAUGCAACUAAACGGCUUAUGUUUGUGAUCCAUGCGCUGUUCGUAGGAGUUGGUGUAUCGGGUACUGUGCUGACAGUUUUUUCGAAGCUGAGCUGUCAUUCUUUGAGGCAAUUUCCUCAGGAGCCGAUAAAGAUUUAUCGGGUAAAGGGCUUACAUUCAAGCAUGCAACUGCAAUGCCUGGUACUUGCAAUGUUAGUAUAUGUAUUUGCAGUCUUUUACUAUGAUUUGAUGGAUGACGAUUUGUGUCACUCGUAUGAGGCUAAUAUUUGUGUGCAAAUAACAUUUAUCACCUAUCUGCUUGCCAUUGAAACGAUUGAAUGUUAUAACAACCAGAAGUUAACAAGGAGGAAACUACACUAAUUCCAAGAGGAUAUUUUCCAUUACAACCCUUCAGCCCA